CGUUGCGAAAUGCGUGUGAAAAAAACACACACACGACACGUCCAUCCGUCGAUCAAUUGAAGAUUGGAAAAUCCCAACAAGAGAAAAUUCCAAGGAUAACGCAUCACAUUUUCAUUCAAUUCCAAACUACGACUCUUAAAAUGGUAAAAGGCAAAAAUACUGUUCCAGACAGGUGGCAUAACUAUAAACCACUGAAUAAGGUCAUUGAUGGAACAAGAUUUAUGCCAAUUAAAGUUCCUUUGAAAAAGCAAAUAUGUGCUGGUAUGACCGAUGAGCAGAGAUUCAUGCCUGCUGAUCUUCUUAAGAUUUUGGAUGACAAAAAUCUGAAGCUAGGGCUUAUAAUUGACCUGACUUUUACUACUCGUUAUUACAAUCCAGACGAAUUUACAAGCAAUGGCAUAAGCUAUGAAAAGGUUGCCACAGCAGGCCAGCAAAUUCCCACUAAUGAAGUUGUCAAGAGGUUUUCAAAAAUUGUAAAGGAUUUUGAAGAUGCAAAUAAGGGCAAUGAAUUUUUAAUAGCUGUCCACUGUACGCACGGUGUCAAUCGUAGUGGGUACCUUAUGUGCAGAUAUAUGAUUGAAAAUCUCUCAUUUUCUCCAGACGAUGCCAUUAAAGUUUUCAAAGAAGCACGUGGAUAUGGAAUUGAAAGGGAUCAUUAUCUGGCUAGCCUUAGAGGUCUGAGCAGUACCAUUCAUUUUGAGGCUUCAGAAGAAACAAGAGAAGAACAAUGCAAGAGAACACGAAGACAAAUAUCACCAGAUAGUUGUUAUGAAACAGAUGCAAAAAGGCACUGCAAAGGGCUAGACAGACACAAUGAUAGACAGACAGACAGAUGUAAGAGAUGGAGAGAGACAUAUGAUGAUGAAUGGACAGAGAGACAGAAUGACGAUUGGACAGGCAGAUACAACGAUAGAUGGACAGACAGACACAACGAUAGAUGGACAGACAGACACAACGAUAGAUGGACAGACAGACACAACGAUAGACGGACAGACAGACACAACAAUAGACAGACAGACAGACAUUGGAGAAAGACAGGACGACAGCCCGACAGAUCAAUAGAUGGACAUGCAUAUACUACAUGUAAAAAUCCCAAUCAUAGUACGAGAACAUUUCACAUACCAGAAUAUACUACUUACCAACAGAGGGAUAUAAGAUAUAACCACUACCCUCCGCAAAAGCCUUAUAGCAGUGAAUAUUUUCCUCGAAAUGUUUCUAGCAGAGAUUAUCCUAGAGACAAUUAUACAGACACAUACGAGUCUGAAAACUGUGUAGAAUUUUUCCGUCAUCAUAAAUACCCAGAAAAUCAAGGCAGAUCACAUCGGAGAAAUUGGCAAAUACCGGAAAACCGUGGUCCUAGAAAACGGACUAACAAUGACAGAUGGUAGCAUGCUACGUAUGAGACUUCUUAAUCAAUGAUUAAGAUUGGUUUGAUUGAACAUAUUUUUAAGAACAUUAUGCAAAAUUAAAAAAUUGAUUUAUCAAAUGGAAUGGAAUAAUAAUUUUAAAUCAGCAUACUAAAUUCAUAAACAGGAGUGGUGCAUCAUCGGUUAAUGUAACCUCAUUUUAUUUCACACAUUCACAACUUCUGAACUAAAUAAAUUUAAUACUUGCAAGAAUUUUUUCUUGGCUGAGAAAUAAAUUUAUACAAAAUCAAUUUAGAUUAUAUUUUAGAAAAUUCUGUUAUCCCUUACUUUAAACUAUAUUUGCUCCCUCUACUAAAUAUAUUUAAUACUUGCAAGAAUUUUUUUCUGGGAAGAAAUAAAUUUAUACGAAAACAAUUUAGUUUAUGUUUUUGAAAAUUCAGUUAUCCCUUACUUUAAACUAUAUUUGCGCCCUCUACGGCUGUUUCAGUCGUCUUUCUAGGCCUACACUGCUACAACUGUAGAUAACAGUUAAGAUCGAAACAAACUGCGGUGAUUUAAAGUUACAUUUAAAAGUGGUUUAAAAUUAGUCAAUCAAAGUGCAUCUGACACCUAACAGUUUAUUUUUUUGUAAAUGCUUGCAUCAUCGAUCUUGUUGGUUUUUUAUACACAUGCAAUAUUUGCAACAUGGCAUUAUUUAGGGUCCACUCGUUGAAUAUAUUAAACCAUAUACUGAUUGAACUUGUCUUCAUAAUGUGGUUUUAGUUAAAUGAAAUAGCAGGCUAGGUCAACUUUUGGAUCUGAUGAAAGUAGAAAUAAUCAAAGAAUCGUUUUCAAAUAUAUUUAAUUUCCAGACAUAAUAUACGGUUAUAUUUUUAGUUGAUUUUUGUUAAUCUGAGUGGAAGUAUUCAAAAUGUCGUUUUAGAUGUUUCGCAUGUGAUACCAACGGCUUAAUCAUGGAUUGAUAAGUACAUUAAAUUACUCCUUGAUGUAUACUUAAUAAAUUAUUUUUUGCAAUAUUUUA